UUGUCUAUGGGACCCGAUUGACAGAUCGACUGGCUGAACACUGAGUUUUCACUAAAUAAAUUUUAGAAACCCGAAGGAAUCAUGGGUUUCGGUGAUUAUCCUAAGGAAUACAACCCCUCAGUCCAUGGGCCAUACGACCCAGCCCGCUUCUAUGGAAAACCUGAUACUCCGUUUGGCCAAGUGAAAAUCAAUGAGCUCGGUGGUUGGUUAGCCCGCAGGAACAAGUCGCCCCAGGCCAUCGCUGGAGCUUUCAGCCGAGCCUGGUGGAGGUGGCAACACAAGUAUGUGCAGCCAAAGAAGGUCGGCAUUGCGCCCUUCUUGCAGCUGCUGACUGGCAGCAUGGCUUUCUUCUAUAUGAUUAACUACGGAAAGAUGAAGCACCACAGGAAUUACAAAUACCACUAAUCUGGAUCCUUGCAUCUCCAUCAGCAUGUUAUUUAUGUAUGCAAUUAAUUAAAAGAUACUGUAUGUGCUAGAUCAAUCAUACUGCAAUAAAAAUUAGUGUGAACCGUU